AUGGAGACCCACAAGGAGCGAAAUACCUUCAAUUUCAAGGAAUAUAUGAUUGAAAAGGCCAAUUAUGUGAACAAGGCAAUGGAUGAAGCUGUUUCGGUGAAGAACCCACCAAAGAUUCACGAAGCAAUGCGGUAUUCUUUGUUGGCAGGUGGCAAGAGGGUGCGCCCAAUGUUAUGUAUCGCCGCUUGUGAGCUGGUGGGAGGCCACCAGUCCGCCGCCAUGCCUGCCGCCUGUGCGGUGGAAAUGAUCCACACUAUGUCACUUAUUCACGAUGAUUUGCCCUGUAUGGAUAACGAUGAUCUUCGCCGUGGAAAGCCCACUAAUCAUAAAGUAUUCGGCGAGGAUGUGGCGGUUCUCGCCGGCGAUUCCUUAUUGGCCUUCGCCUUCGAAUUUAUCGUCACGGCUGCCAAUAUGGUACCACCAAAUCGGGUUCUGGAGGCAGUCGGAGAAUUGGCCAAGGCCAUUGGUACAGAAGGACUGGUGGCAGGCCAAGUAGUGGAUUUAAGCUGUACUGGGAACAAUACAAAUGUUGGUUUGCCCCAAUUAGAAUUCAUUCACAUUCACAAAACUGCUGCUUUAUUAGAAGCAUCAGUUGUUUUGGGUGCAAUUCUUGGGGGUGGAUCUGAUGAACAAGUCGAAAAAUUACGAACAUUUGCCAGGAAAAUCGGUUUGUUGUUUCAAGUGGUGGAUGAUAUACUGGACGUGACAAAAUCCUCAGAAGAACUGGGAAAAACUGCAGGGAAAGAUUUGAUGGCUGAUAAGGCAACUUAUCCCAAAUUGUUGGGAUUAGAUCAGGCUAGGGAAUUUGCUGAGAAAUUGAACGAGGAGGCUAAAGAACAAUUGGCGGAGUUUGAUUCGGAUAAGGCAGCUCCAUUGAUUGCUUUGGCUGAUUACAUUGCUCAUAGGCAGAACUAG